CAUGUUCUUUAAUCCGUUCUCAAGUUGACUUGUACUCCAGUCUGAACACGAUGUAGGACAAUAUAAAAUAGCUUUCUUUUUAAGUACAGGAAAUAUUUGUAUGUCAGAUGUUUAAAAUUACACCUUGGUAUGAGAUCAUGUUCAUAAGUUGGAUGUUUGCAAAUUGGGGAGCCCCAGGAUGUAAACAGGUUAAUUACAAAUCUGGUUGAGGAGGUGGUGGUACAGUGGUAAUGUCACUGGGCCAGUCAUCCACAACCUCCUGGUGAUCUAAGUGCAGAAGUUCAAAUCCCACCAGGGUGAAUGCUGUUAAAGGGGAGGGACGGCAGUUGUGCCACACCGGUCCAGUAGACCCAGGUCCAAGUCCCAGAGGUAUGUUUGUAAACCCAGGGGAACAGGUUGAUCUGAAAGAACAUCUACACUAGAGGGCGCCUGAGCUCCAGAAGGUUUGAAGUCAGCGGGCAGGGACAGGUGCAAGGGAAUAGGGGCGGAGCAAUUUGGGGAAGGGGCGGAGAUAGCCGGGAAGGGGCGGCGUCAAGGGCUGGGGCGUGGUCGACACGAAGGUGGGGCUGACGGCGAGGGGGCGUGGUCACCACGGUGAAGGGGCGUGGCGACCGGGGAAAUCUCGCGAUACUCGGCUGCCUUGCUGACUAUUAUUACCGGCGGUGCCGCGCGGCUUCUCUUCAGUUCGUCCUCAGUGCAGGACAACGGGAGCGAGCCGUUCAGAGUCCAGUUGGUCUUUGGUGUAGGACAACAGCGGGAGAGACCGAGCUAUUUACAGUCCAGUUCGUCCUCAGUGUAGGACAACAGCGGGCGGGAUUGAGACAAUUACAAUCUAGCCUGGCCCAGUCGCACACCGCACCGAUAGCCGAGGCACAAGAAGUUGCUGGAAAAGCUCAAGCAAGUCUGGCAGUAUCUGUGAAGAAAAAAAAUCAAAAUUAACAUUUCGGGUCCGCCGACUUUUCCUCAGAACCGCUAUCCGUAGCAUUAAUAACCGUUUAAGAACUACAAUGGAGGCUGUUGUUCGUCGCUGUCCAUUCCUUUCACGUGUAUCCCAGAAUUUUCUUCAGAAGGCUGGCAAGUCACUGAUCUAUUAUGCACAACACUGUCCCAUUAUGAUGAUGAAGGCUGGAGCCAAGCCUGUAACCCGGACUGUAGCCACCUCUGCUGCUCACAGCCAACAGACCAAAGAAACCACCCCAGUGAAUGAGAAACCUACUACUUUGACUUCGGCACCAAGUGUCCCAGCUUCUCAGCUUCCCCCUGGACACCCAGUCCCUAGUGCUGGACAGACUAUUGCUUCCAAAUGUCCAUUCCUCGCUGGUGAGAUGAGCCACGGUAAGAGCUCUGUUGUCCGAAAAGCCAGUGUGGAGUUAUCGGAGGAUGUGCAACAGAUGCACGCUGUGAGAAAAGAGUUACCUGUGUCAUCUGUCAACUCGACUGUCACCAACAUCACAAAGGUAGAUGAACAAAAGGAAGUUGGCCUGCAGAGGAACCUAAAUAAGGGGACAGAGCAAAAGCCUUCAAUUUCUCAUCUCAUUCAGGAUAAUAUACCAAAAUCCAUUUCAGCUUUCAAAUAUGAUGGAUUUUUUGAAAAAAAGAUUGAUGAGAAGAAGAAAGAUCAUACUUACCGUGUCUUCAAAACUGUGAAUCGCCGUGCUGAUGUAUUUCCCAUGGCAGAUGACUACUCUGAUUCUGUGAGUGUCAAGAAGGAGGUUUCUGUUUGGUGCAGCAAUGAUUACCUUGGAAUGAGCCGUCACCCAUGUGUUGUGGGGUCUAUCAUGGACACCCUUCGGCACCAUGGUGCUGGAGCUGGUGGGACCAGGAAUAUUUCUGGAACUAGCAAGUAUCAUGUUGAUUUAGAAAAUGAAUUGGCUGAUCUCCAUGGCAAAGAUGCAGCACUGCUGUUCUCAUCAUGCUUUGUGGCAAAUGAUUCUACCCUCUUUACAUUGGCCAAAAUGCUCCCAGGAUGUGAAAUCUACUCUGAUGCUGGAAACCAUGCCUCCAUGAUACAAGGCAUACGAAACAGUGGAGUUCCCAAGUUUAUAUUUCGUCACAAUGAUGCCCGUCAUCUACGGGAGCUAUUGAGGAAUUCAGACUCGGCUACUCCAAAGAUUGUAGCCUUUGAGACGGUCCAUUCAAUGGAUGGUGCAGUCUGUCCUUUGGAGGAGAUGUGUGAUGUAGCUCAUGAAUAUGGUGCAAUAACUUUUGUUGAUGAAGUACAUGCUGUUGGCCUUUAUGGCUCCAGGGGUGGGGGAAUAGGAGAUCGAGAUGGAGUCAUGCAUAAAAUGGAUAUAAUAUCUGGAACACUGGGUGAGUAUGUUAGCAUGUGAAGAAAUGCAGACACUUUUUUUUGCUUCCCUUGAGCAGCAAAUAGUGCAUGUGAUAGCAAGCUUCUGAUUUAGAGUUUGAUUAUGAAGGUUGAAGGCUUUUUCCUAUUAUCAGCCUGUAUGUUCUUUUAAUUUUCACUUGUAUUCUGGGUAUCUAUCUCCGCAUCAUAAAGCAGUAAUGGUUUUAAGAAUCCUUUAGUGUUACAGAGGUUACUAAUUUAGGGUUGCCUUCAUUAGGGACCAGGAAGAAAAUGUUUAACAAAAUACUUCUUUAGAAAAAGAUUGAAGAAUAGUAUAAGGACAUAUUUGGGUGGACAGCUUAAAACAUUUUAAUGAACAUUUGGUCAUGGAAACAACCAUGAAAUUUAAUUCACCUUUGACAUUUUUGAAAUUUGGAUUUUCUGAUACAAGUAACCUUGGCAGUAUUUUUAAAAGUCUCUAGUUCAGCACCCUAGUGUGAGUUUACUAUUUAAUACAGUUCACUUCAGCAUAGCAAGAUGCAUCAGGCCUAUUUGGAAUCAAUUACUUAAAACUUGUUCAGUUGUCACACGUCAAGGGAAAGGCUGUUAUAACUGCAGUCACGCAGUUCAGCUCUGCACAUCCUUCUUUCAAAACAAAUCAUGCAAGGAUAUUUUAGUUUUGUGGUAAUGAAAAGCAAUGAGGCAAUAAUUUCUUUUUUAAAAAAAAAACUUCCAGAAUUGAAGAUGGAAAAUCUCCUCUAAUGCUUUGUUGCAAGUGAAAGUUUAACUAAAAAUCUAAGGCUCAAAUUUUAAAAUCUAAACCACAUAGUCACAUAACUAAAUUCUUUUGAAGUGCCUUCUAAAUUCAUGGUAGAUUCUUUCUCAUCUCCAGUUACGAUAUGGUUGCCAAGAUGCGCAAUCUGCUGGGGGCUUAUUCCCUGUGAGUGCUUUCAAAGGUUUGAUCCACCUAUAGGCUUACGACAUCAGAUAUCGUCAUUGAGAUUUGCUUGAAGCUUUUAUUUCUCCUUUGCAUGCACCACUGUUCUUUUGGCAGUUGGCUGCAAUCCAAAAGUAACUUUGCUAGGGUUCACUUGGUCAGUGACCGAAAAGAGUGUGCAUCUAUGAUUCCUGAUGCAUUUGUCUUCAGUAGCUGGUGGCAAUCCUUGGAGAACUGUGCUAGGAUUUGAAGCCAGUGGAAACAAGACCUGAUUAAUCUGUUAAAGCUUCAUUAUGCAGUGGUUAUACCUGUGGGUUUGCAAACCCACUUCAUGUGAAACCAUACCCAACUGCAUGAUGUCGGCAUGGAUUUCUUGACUUUUGCUUUUUAAAGAUAAACUACCUUUGUUAAAAAUUUAAGUCUGAAUUUAUAAUAUUACAAUGAGCAUAUGUGCAAGAAAACAUUGAAUUGUGACAAUCUCUAGCCACUGAAAAAUGUUGACUAAAUUAGCCAUGCGUGGAUGUUGGUGUCUUCUCUAGGAUUUUGGAUAGGUAUUUUAAGAAGUUACAUUUCUGAAGAGUGUUAUGUGACUUUAGAAAAGUGAAGCUUGGAAAGCAACUUAACUAGGAUGUCUUUUUGGCAUGUUCUAAUAGCAUUUGUGAUGUGAAAUCUUAAUCAGCUUUCCUCCUCACCUCCCCCCAUGAAGUUUACAUAGUCCACAAUUCAUGUAAACUAGUAAGGAACCAAGUAAAUAGAACCAUUGAAUUAAUCCGGGUCAUCGUGAAAAGGUCCUGUCCCUCUGAGAAAAUGUAUUGCCAAAAAACUCUUUCAAACCACAAAACAAUAUCCAGCCUCAUAAUUGUGUUGGAAUUUGAGGGGUGACUUGGAAAGUGAUGUAAGAGCACUCCAAGUUGCUUUUAAUCUUGAGCAAUCGGAUCAAUUUGACCUUUUUUGUAGUUGAACAAAAUGUACUUGCUAGAUAAUUUUAUGAUCUGCCACAUUUGAUUUUGAAGUAACGUGUGGUGCACUUAGAAUCUUUGUGUUCCUAAAUAAAUGAAUUUCCAUCCACCCGUUACAUGCACAAAAUAGAAAUGAAGUACCUAACAAUGUGCACGUACCCCUUAAUGCAACUUUGAGAAUUGCUGAUUUUCCUUUCAUGAGUUCAUUCUGCGUUGACAUUUGAAGUACUAUCUUGUGGAUUUUGGAUUUAUUUUUGCUUCAAAAUUGUUACAUAUACUAUAGCAAUGACCUAGAAAGCUGUUUUGCUUCAAAGAGUGCAAACAAAGCUUUUCUUUUAGUGAAAUAGCCUGAAGCCUUCUCACUUUUUAAAUAAUGGUGUCCCUUUUGGAACCAGCGGUUCAGAAUGUGUAGAUCAGUGCUGACAGCAGAAUUUUUAAAAAUCGGAAGUACAAGUCUACAAAUAAGCUAUUAUUUGGUUAAACAGUUUAAAUUGGGCAUGAAAUGCAAGUAUAAAUCCUGGAAUAAAGGAUGCCUUUAAAGGUUAUUUUACCACAAAGCAUUUUCUUGUCUCAGCAUUUGGUUUUUCAUGGAGACAUUUUUCAAAUGCUGUUGUCAAGUCACAGGGUGGGGGAUGCUUCAAUUGUGCAAUUUGCUAUUUCCACAUCUGAGAGCGCAUUGCCCAGUUUUUGUACAGCUGUUGAAUGUGCGGCUGGCUAUGAUGUAGUGAUGCCAACAGUGGGGACGACGGAAAUUGCACCACCUCACCCCAUUGAGGCAAGGUGACUCUCCGGUUGAACUAGCAAUCCGUCAUCUCCCUCUAAUGACAGAGCAGCCUAUUGUCCUCUUGAGAGUAUUGUGACCUGCAGAUCACUCAAAUUUGAGUAUUGCUGCAAUUAAUAUUGAAAUAAGGUUUCAGCAGCCUUUUUUUUGAGCAUCUUUGAACAGUGGAUACCAAGGUCCUCUGUUCAUGUGUUGAUCCCAGAUGCUGCCUAGUGGAGGGGAUAGAAGGAAGAUUACAUCCCACGUUGGAGUGGGACACCAGUCUAAUGUUCAACCUGAAAAUUAUGAGGAGCAUGUAAAUAAGUUACAAAAGCAAUUCGUACUUGCACUAUGUAGGAUAUUACUUGCAUUUUUAAAAUAAAUACUUCACUGUCCUUUUAUCUUAUCUUGUUUUGAACUGCCAGUGGAAG